GGGUAAUGGCAAAGUACAAAAACACUCCCAAAACUAACCCAACGUACAACCAAGUCCAAUAGCAGAGUCUUCGGACGAGGAGCCGUCUUCAGAGAUGGGUGAAAACUAGAUCAGCAGAUUUACUUGAUUCGCCAAGAGGCGUGGUUUUCUUUGAAUGAGAUGGGGUUUGGGUUGAGGCCCGAGAAUAGAAGCAGAGGGAAGAGGAGGAGGAAUCUCGGCAGGAAGAUCAAGGAUCAUAAGAACACUCAAAGCAUUGAGAUAAGUAGUAGAAGUACUGCGAGAUUCAGAAAGAUCUACUCAAAGAUUGAUAAGCAUACGAGUGAUGAGGGGUCCAAAGGGCAGGAAGCCUUGAUAAUGUUCAUCUCCAACAGGGAGAAGUGCACCAAAAAGGAUUUGUGUGAAGUCCAGCUUACGGCGGGCAGUGGCACUGGAGAUGAUCCACAUAUCCAUAGGAAGCACAUUGUCCAGAUUGAAUGAUCUAGGAAGAAGAACUCGAGUAAGGAAAAAAUGGAAGAUCCUUAGGCGAGGAGGUAGCCAACUGAUAGGAAUAGGAACAUCAGAUCCUCCUGUGGGUUCAGUGGAGAAGUUGGUAUACUCAGUGUUGAUGAAAAACUCUUGUUUCCAGAACUCAUUAGGAUGAGCAAUAUCCACUCCUUGGGAAGGAAAACCAAGUGUAGCGCUCAGAGCGGCAGCAUGGAUGGUUAGCAGAUGACCAUGUACCACAGUAGUCAUGAGUCUAGAGCAAAUUCCUUGAGAGCGAAGGUUUGAAUAAAAAUAUCGAACGGCU